GACAACCAAACGUAGCCACGAAGCCAACAAUCCUUCCCACCUACUAAACAAAAUAACAAUCCCCACCCCCGCCCAAAAAUAUAGAAAAAAAGGUCGUUCUUAAGGGCACUUGCUUGCUCCAGUUGUUCCACAUUAAUUUUCGAUACCGAUAUUAGCACGCACUGUUCGAAUUCUGUACCGUCAGAUCCGAUAAGACUCGAUCUCCACCGUUCGUUCCGGCCUUCGGGAGGACGAAGUUCCGUCCAAGAGGGGACCUCACGAAACAAGAACCAUUCUCCAUUCCCCGUUCCUAACAAUAAAACAGAACGAAAGCUGGGGGAAGAGCUGAUAAGUUCUCCAGACUCCAACCGAACUAGCUUCGUCUUUCCGAUCACGGUCGUCUUUGUUUGUUGCCGGGGAAUCAACUCAGGGGCGGGAACUUCAUCUCCCGGAGGAGUUCGUUUGAUCCCGUCAGUUAUAGUAAGUUAACUAACUGAUGGACCAAGAUGAUGGUUCUUCCUCUGCAACUUCAUGGCCGCUGCAGCUCUUCUCGAAGAUGUCCCUUCCUCCUAGCCUCGGUGGGUCACCGUACCCGUGGCUCCGGGAACUGAAGUCCGAGGAGAGGGGCCUCUACCUCAUCCACCUGCUGCUUGCUUGCGCUAAUUACGUCUCCUCGGGCAGCCUCUCCAAUGCGAAUGUUGCGCUCGACCAGAUAUCCCAGCUCUCAUCCAUGAACGGGGACACGAUGCAGAGGAUUGCCGCCUACUUCGCCGAGGCUCUCGCGGACCGGAUCAUUAAGUCCUGGCCUGGUCUCCACAGGGCACUGAAUUCCACCAGAGUUUCAAUACUGUCCGAUGAAAUGCUGGUUAAGAAGCUGUUCUUCGAGAUGUUUCCGUUCCUGAAGGCGGGCUUCGUGCUCGCGAACCAGGCGAUCAUCGAAGCCAUGGAAGGGGAGAAGAUGGUCCAUGUGAUCGAUCUUUGCGGGUCCGAGCCCUCGCAGUGGAUCCCGCUUCUUCAGGCCUUGAGUGCUCGAUCCGGAGGCCCGCCCCAUCUGAGGAUCACGGGGAUUCAUCCGGAGAAGCCGGUAUUGGAUGGAAUGGCCAAGAGGCUCGCAGAGGAAGCGGAGAAGUUAGACAUUCCUUUCCAGUUCAAUCCUGUCGUCAGCACAUUAGACAGCCUCGAUUUCGACACACUUCGUGUUAAGACCGGCGAGGCUUUAGCGAUCAGCUCGUUCCUCCAGUUUCAUACUCUCUUGGCCUCUGAUGACGAAUCUACCCGGAAAAGAAGCCUUUUCGGAUCGAAUGGGAUCCACUUGCAGAAGUUAUUGCAAAUGAACCGAAGUUCAUCGGGCGGGUUGCUUGAGAAGGACCCGGCUAAUGGUUAUAGCGGGAGUCCCGACUCUACGUCUUCGCCGCCACUUACCGCGAGCUGCCACAGUAAGAUCGAGAGUUUCUUAAGCAACCUGCGGGGUCUCUCCCCGAAGCUCGUGGUGGUAGUAAUGGAACAGGACUCGAACCACAACGGGCUGCCCUUAAUGGAGAGGCUAACCGAAGCUCUAUACUCUUACGCUGCAAUGUUCGAUUGCCUCGAGUCCACAGUGCCGAGAACUUCCGUGGAGAGGCUGAAGUUAGAGAAGAUGAUGUUCGGAGAAGAGAUAAAGAACAUCAUAGCAUGCGAGGGAGCAGAGAGGAAGGAGAGGCACGAGAGGCUCGAGAAGUGGGCCUGGAGGCUCGAUACGGGCGGGUUCAAGAACGUGCCAUUGAGCUAUCUCAGUUUGUUGCAGGCCAGGAUGUUGUUGCAGGUAUAUAACUGCGACUCGUAUCGGAUCAAGGAAGAGAACGGGUGCGCCGUGAUCUAUUGGCAGGAUCGUUCGCUCUUCUCGGUAUCCGCUUGGACGAGCAGGAAGUAGGAAAAAAACACUGUCAUGGAGACCAUUAAUUCGUUUCGAUUCUUUUUACAUAUAAUCGAACCGAUUGGAUCUAAUUUAUAUUUCCAUCACGGGUACUCGAUGUAUAACGAACUCUUCUAAUCGAUCAUUUCGACUGUACUUAGUACUUGUACUCACUAAUGACUACAUUUUCAUUUUUCUGAA